AUGUCUGGAAAAAGAAGAGCAUACCCACAGCCCCAGUACGCCACUGGUGCUCCUUUAGGAACUCCAGGCGUAGGGCCAGCCGAUCCCACUCAAUUCCAGCAGCCUCCUCCUCCCCAGGGAGGAGCUCCAGCCUACGGUGUGGAUCAAGUCAACCAACAGUUCCAACACAUGAACGUCGGCGCCCAACCUGCCCAGCCCCAGUAUCAGUACAACCAGUACCAGCAGCCGGGAGCCGCUGCUGGUGCCCCAGGUGCUAAUGAUCCAUACGCGCAACAGCCUCAACAGGACCAAUACCCACCCCAAUUCCAACAACAAGGCAGUUUCUACGGCCAAGCAGGCGGCGCUGCACCUGCGUUGCCAUUGAACCAAUUGUACACCACCGACUUGUCCCGUGAAUUGCCUCCUCCCAUCUCGGACUUGGCGUUGCCACCUCCCCCCAUCGUGUUGCCCCAAAACACCACCUUGAUUCCAAACUCAGAAACCUCCAACGCGGCCCCAGAAUACUUCAGAUCUACCUUGAACGUCAUCCCCAACAAUAGCUCGCUUUUGAAGAAGUCCAAGUUGCCCUUGGCCUUGAUCGUCAAGCCCUACAACGCGUUGACCGUCGAAGGCGAACAGGUGCCUGUCACCUCCGACACCUACAUCAGUAGAUGUCGUCGUUGUCGUGGUUACAUCAACCCGUUCGUCACCUUGGCCGAAAACGGCAGACGUUGGAGGUGUAACUUCUGUAACUUGUUGAACGACAUCCCCAGUGCCUUUGAAUACGACGACAUCACUGGUACCGUCAAGAACAAGUUCGAAAGAGUCGAGUUGAACCACUCAGUGGUUGAAUUUAUCGCUCCAAAGGAAUACAUGGCCAGAGCUCCUCAGCCUAUUGUCUACACGUUCAUCAUCGAUGUCUCGGUGCAUGCAGUUUCCAGCGGGUUGACUGCCACCAUCACCAGAACCAUCUUAGAGAGUUUGGAUAGAAUUCCAAAUGUGAAUAAGACUGCCAGAGUCGCCUUCAUUGGUGUGGACUCUAACUUGCACUACUUCAGAUUUAAUGAAGGUUUGGAGGGAACCGAGGCCUUGGUGGUUUCUGACAUCGAUGAACCUUUCUUGCCAUCCCCAAGUGGCUUGUUGGUCAACUUGGACGAAAACAGACAAGCCAUCGAAAAGUUGUUGAUUGACUUCCCAACCUUCUUCGAAGGCACUGCCAACCAAAGCUUUGCUUUGGGACCUGCUUUGAAGGCUGGUCAUAAAUUAAUCAACAAUAUCGGUGGUAAAUUGGUCUGUUUCGGUGCCACUUUGCCAAACAUUGGUGAAGGUAAGUUGAGUCUCAGAGACGAAGCUGGAAACUCUGGUAAGCCUAAGGAAGCUAAGGUGUUGUUAUCCUCUGCCGACAGUUUCUACAAGUCCUUCGCUGUCACUUGUAACUCCUCCCAAAUUACAGUUGAUUUGUUCUUGAGCUCAUCUUCUUACCAGGAUGUUGCCACCUUGUCCAACUUGCCCCGUUACACUGCUGGUCAAACCCACUUCUACCCUGCUUGGACCAGUGCUAAGGCUGAAGAUGUCACCAAGUUAUCUAAAGAAAUCAGCGAACACUUGUCUCAAGAUAUUGCAUUGGAAGCUGUUUUGAGAGUUAGAGGAUCUACUGGUUUCAGAAUGAGUUCCUUCUACGGUAACUUCUUCAACAGAUCCUCAGAUUUAUGUUCCUUCCCAACUUUCCCAAGAGAUCAAAGUUACUGUAUUGAAAUGAACAUUGAAGAAAACAUUAAUAAGCCAGUUGCCUACUUCCAAGCAGCUGUGUUGCACUCUACUUCAUUCGGUGAAAGAAGAAUCAGAGUCAUGAACUUGGCCAUUCCAACUUCUUCCAAAUUGCCUGACAUCUAUGCUUCUGCUGAUCAAUUAGCAAUCACUAACUACUUUACUCAUAAGGCCAUUGAAAAGGGAUUGUCUUCGUCGUUACCAGAUGCAAGAGACUACCUUAUCAAUCAAGUUGUUGAAAUUUUGAACGUUUACAAGAAAGAGUUAGUUGCAGGCAAUGUCUCUGGUGCAUCACCUUUACAAUUAUCCACUAAUUUAAGAAUGUUACCAUUAUUGUUGUUCUCAUUGACCAAGCACUUGGGUUUGAGAGCCGACAGGGUUCCAUCCGAUCACAGAGCUGCGGCUUUGAACAUCUUGGGGUCUUUGCCAAUUNCACAAUUGGUCAAGUACAUUUACCCAACCGUCUACUCGUUACACAACAUGCCAGACGAGUGUGGAUUACCAGAAAAGGUUAUUCAAGUCAACGAAGAAACUGGAGAGGAAGAAGAGGUCAUUACCACCGAAAUCUUGUUACCUGAACCAAUCAACGAUUCCAAGGCCACCUGGGAGAACUAUGGCUUGUACUUGAUUGACAACUCCAGCGAAUUAUUCUUAUGGGUGUCUGGUAAUGUAGUUCCAGGUUUGGUUCAAGAUUUGUUUGGUACUGACAACUUGUACGCUCUCCCAACCGGUAAAACCGAGUUGCCCGAAUACAGCAUUGAAGAAUCUGAAUUCAACUACAAGGUGCGUCAAAUCAUCGGUAAGAUCAGAGAGCAAAACGACUCCAUUAUUUGGAAGAACUUGUACGUUGUUGUCGGAGGAUCGUCCAACGAACCAAUCGAGAUUUCUCAACAACGUGACUUGAUGGCAUUAAGAAUGUGGGCCUAUAGUUGUUUGGUUGAAGACAAGACCGGUAAUGAGGCCUCUUACAGGGACUUCUUGACUACUUUGAAGGCCAAGGUUGCUCAAUAG